AAUAUUUCCAACUCUCAGUAGAGUCGGUUCCCUACUGCUGCUGCUGCAUUCAUUCUGCCUUCUCUCAAUCGCUGCCGUACUGUAGUAGUUGUCUCCAUCUUCUUUAUUUCCCCGGCGUUCUUCAAUCCACCCAACCCUCCUUGCUCCAUACACAACCUUUUCUCGCUCGCCGCUUUCCCCUCCCUUCCAUCUCGCAACCCUUUUUUUCAUUUAUUGAUGCCCCUUUUGAUUGUCUACGCGUCUCUGAAUAGUUGUUUCAUUCGAUUCUUGGAUUGCCUCAACAAUCGCCCUCCGUAUUGACCUCAAUUGGAAAUCGAUAAUGGAUUCAAUCAGCUGGAGCCCCGAUGAUUCCUCCCCAAUCCUGAUAUCAAAACCCUAAUACGCUCCGAUUGCUUUCAUUCCAUCGGCAUUCGGCUAUCCUGUUUUGCUGUUUAUCUCUUUGGCAAGCUUUCGAUUUGUGAUUGGAGACGUUGGAGAUUGUUUUGUCCGGGCAGUUGGACUUCUCUUUUGUGUGGUGUGGGUCAGUUCGUAAUCUGCCUGCGGUUUAAUUCUUGAUGUUUGUUUCUGGCCUUAAUCUUUGAUCACAACACUGCACAUUUUUGCCUACUCAAAUCACAUGACAUUUCUCCAGACGGUUCCCUGAUAACGUGUGACUUGGUACUGUUCUGCUGCAGUGAUCCAGAUCUGUCUGGAUUGAAUGAGCAUUCACUGCUGCAAUUUGGAACAAACUAAAUUAAAAAGAAUGGCUCUUCUAAUGUCACUGCGUCAGUGUUUAUAAAUGGCUGUUGCUAAUUGCUAAAUAUGUGUUUGUUGGAUGUUGCAUAUGAUGAAAAAAGCUAAGCCGUUGUGUUCGUAAAAUACUUGUCAAAGUUAACUGGUUUUAGGCUCUUAUUGUUGUGUGCAUAUUGUUUUGGAUCUAUUCCAUUCUUCUUUUCUAUGUUUGCGCGUCUUCUUCGAGAGCUAGUUUAAUUUCACAAGUAAAUUACUCUUGCAACAAUGCUUAUACUGCUAAGGAUCAUACUCUAGCUCUUUGAUGCUGAACAUCUUAACAUUCUUGAGGUUUUUGGAUUCAACUCGUGUGGGUGCAUGAUUGGAUGCUUAGCAGAUUGCUGGUAAAAAUACUCCAAACUGUGAACUCAAAUUUGUAUAUAUGCACGCUAUAAAAGGCUUGUCCCUUACCAUAUCUUCACUUGAUCGUAUAAUACUGUCUAUAGAAAUACGAUAAGGUAUUCACAUCUAAUUAUCUUUUCAGAGGCAUAUUUCAUAGGUGGGUUAUGCUUUCAAUAUUAAGCAAUUUAUUCUAUCAUCGUGCUUCUACUUUGCUAGAUACAAGUUUGUGGUUUUGACUCUUUAUUUGUUUCAUCUUUUACAAUCCCUUACCAGCGUUCAUAUUGCACUGUUUGGUAAAGAGAUAUGAUUCUUCAUUACUUUUACCAGUGAGAAUUAAGUUAAGCUUGUAUUUUGCUCACUAAUCUGUUUGUAUUACGUCAAUGCUCUUUGCAGAAUUGUAUCUGAUAUUUGUAACAGAAAAGUUCUUGGCUGGUUUGAUAUACUUCUGUGGUAUCCAUAUAUGGGCUGAAGUGUGCUUUUCAUGGGAGGUGUAGAUGAUGAACCACCCUCAAAACGUCUGAAAGUAUCCUCUAAAGGCUCAAGUGAUCUUUCCCACGCUGUAUCUGUUAGAGGGAAAGAUAGUGGCUCAUUGAGUGAUCCAAUGGCUCGGAUGCCAGCACCGCAAAAGGAAGAUGAGGUUGUUGGCACUAAAGGUGUCAUUAAGAAAGUUGAACUUGUUCGAAUUAUCGCAGAGGCAUUAUAUUCCCUUGGAUAUUCAAAAACUGGGGCCCGUUUAGAGGAAGAAUCUGGAAUACAAUUGCACUCUACUCUAGUAGAUUUGUUCAUGCAACAAAUUCUUGACGGUAAAUGGAAUGAAAGUGUUGCUACUCUGCAUGGUAUUGACCUCAUGGAUAAAUCAAUAGUUAAGUUGGCAUCUUUUGUUAUAUUGGAGCAGAAGUUUUUUGAGCUUUUAAAUGGAGAAAACCUCAUGGAUGCUUUAAAGACUUUGAGGUCUGAGAUUGCACCACUUUGUAUAAAUGAUGAGAGAGUUCGGGAGCUGUCUUAUUUAAUUGUGUCUCCAUCAUAUAACUUGCUUGAUGGAACUUCUCAAAAGUCAAUGGUCAAGUCUCGUAAAAUAUUGCUGGAGGAGUUGCAAAAGUUGUUUCCUCCAACAGUGAUAAUACCGGAAAACAGAUUGGUACAUCUUGUUGAACAAGCUCUUGACUUGCAAAAGGAUGCUUGUCGGUUUCACAACUCCUCUGCUGGGGAAAUGUCUUUGCUUGCUGAUCACCAGUGUGGAACAGAGAGGAUUCCAUGCCAGACAUUGCAGAUAUUACAUGGACACAGCGACGAAGUCUGGUUCUUGCAAUUUUCUCACAAUGGAAAAUUUUUAGCCUCAUCAGCUGGUGAUUGUCUUGUUAUUGUAUGGGAGGUUAAAGUUGACGGCCAGGUUUCUAUGAAGUUUAGAUUAGCUGGGCACCAAAAGCCUGUCAAUUUUAUUUCAUGGAGUCCCGAUGAUUGUCAACUUCUUACCUGUGGAGUAGAAGAGGCAGUCAGGAGAUGGGAUGCUUCAUCCGGUGAAUGCAUCCAUGAGUAUGAAAAACCUGGUCUUGGUUUGGUGUCUUGUGCAUGGGGUGCUGAUGGUAAAAGUAUAUUUUCUGGUGUUACCGAUAAAAGCAUAUGCAUGUGGGAUCUGGAAGGGAAAGAGAUAGAAAGCUGGAAAGGGCAAAAAUGUACUAGGAUUGCGGACUUGGGAAUCACUAAAGAUGGGAAAGAGCUCAUAACAGUAUGUAAGGAGACGACAAUACUGAUUUUUGAAUGGGAAACAAAGUCUGAGAAAUUCAUUGAAGAGGAUCAACCAAUAAUUUCGUUUGCAAUGUCUGAAGACAAAAGGUUUUUGCUUCUUAGCUUAUUCAACGAGGAACUACAUCUUUGGGAUAUAAGUAGUGCAAAGUUGGUUGGAAAAUACAAAGGUCAUAAACGUUGUCGGUAUGUUUUGCACUCUUGUUUUGGGGGCCUAGACCAAGGAUUUAUUGCCAGUGGAAGUGAGGACUCACAGGUUUACAUAUGGCACAGACUGUCCGGAGAGCUCAUUAUGCGACUAGCCGGCCAUACCGGGGCAGUGAACUGUGUGAGCUGGAACCCGGCUAACCCACACAUGCUGGCUUCAGCGAGUGACGACCGUACGAUACGUAUAUGGGGCUUGAAUAGGGUAAGCAUGGAAUACAAUGGAGGGAGGCAUGGUAAUGGUGUGCACUGCUCCAAUGGAAAAACUUGAGCUUCCAAGCAGUGGAAACGGAUUGGGAUACACACACAGCACCAAGAUUACAAUACUGCAAUGUUGAGAUCCAUAGUUGUAGCAAUAAGUAUACAUAUUUUCAGCAGCUUCGGGUUUCCUUUAGGGGAUCGUAAUCGUAAGCGUCGCCAGCUUUG